AUGUCGUUGUCCGACGGAGCUAAGGAGAUUGUUCAACGUCAUUGUGAUGGGCAGCCCGGCCUGGUUGAGAAGGUCACUGCAGAGCUUGAGAAGGAGAACGUGCUACAAGUAAUGAUGUUGUCUAACCUGACCGAUGCGCAAGUGGAAACUCUGGUUACCGGCAUAGCCACGGACGAGUUGAAAGAUAAGAAGAUAAUGGUCGGUUGUGCAUUGAGAUCGUGCGUGAAGGAUGCUGGUUUCCAAGUUGACUUAUUCGCUGCAGGCCAAAAGGCUCUCCCUCUAGCUCGCAAUGAGAAGGACUGGGCUGCCCAAAUGCGUAGACGAGCCGAGCUUCUGAAGUCAAUGGUGGGCAUCGACCACAUUGCGAGUGAACUCAUGCCACCGGUGCUGAUAUGGAAGCGUCUGACGGAUAAUCCCUCGGUUUUCAUCGACUUCAAGGACCUUGUGGAAAGCAAGGCCAAGAAGGACACGACAAAGCUAGGUCGUUCCGAUCCUGUGAAGCUCGACUUUAUCCUUAACGAUGUGCCGCAGUCUUUGACUCUUCCGAGAGAGGAGAAGGGCGUCAUCG